GGCUACCUCGGCUAUGCAAGCUACACCACCGUCAUAGACGAGGCAAGAGAGAGCCUCCUUACCCAAGAACCCGCAGCUUGGGCACAGAGCAACGCUGAAGCACCCAGAGUUGAGCCUGAGAUAUCUGAGGCCUCGAUUGCGCGGGGUGUCGCUGUUCUCCGCCGUAUUCCAGUUGUCGAGGACGUCGCCAUCGUCGGCAAGGAGUACUUCCUCAUGCAUGAUUGGAUUUAUCGGAUUGCCAUGGUCAUAGUCGAGGCUUUGUACGAUGCAAACAUCUUUGGCGCUUAUUUGGGUACGCAUCGCAACGAUGAGGACCUUAGACGGAUGGCUCGCAUGAUCUGUAUCAGCACGGCACGGCGUGUCAACGAUGACCUGGAGGGAAGGCACUGGAUCGCCCAGUUCAGCGGCCCCAAUCUGCGCUGGGAAUCCAUAGGUCUUCUGUUGACCUUCUGGGAGCUCACGCGGAAGGGCCGCCCGGCGGAGCGGAAGCCGCAUUCGAAUGACGAAGAGGAUUGGCGCAAACACACGAACAGCUGUUUAGAGUUGUGUGACGAGUUCUCAGAGGGGAACCUGCUCGUUUUGAAUCUACAUCAUCGCUGGACCAUACUGGAAAGCAUGACGUCCGGCGAUGCAAGUCUGAGGACAAGCAAAUGUCAUGCGCAGACAGUAGCAUGCUUGACCUUCUUGGGCUAUCACUCGGAGAUUCUGACUCAGUCAUACGUGCCUACAUUCGCUUCCGAGCUGAAAAGGACGGUUUCCGGAAUGGUGUAUGACACCGACAAGACCAUCUCCUCUUUCACCGGCCGGCCACCACUCCUAUCGAAGGGAUUCAUGACGACUCCUCUGCCGUUGGAUUUGGAAAGCGAUGAUCUCUUUGGGCCACAGAGUCGCCUGGAGUUCGUGGCUGCGAACAAUCUGGACGAACGAGGCUGGAGCAAAAAGGGUACACUGUCAGGGUCUACUUGCUUUCGAGCACGGGGCAUGAUCAAGGAAUUCCGAGACAACAUCCUUGCCAUUGCUCUUGGGAGUAAUGGCGACCCGGAAUCAACGCUAAUCACGCUUCUCGACAUCUCACGCCGACAAGCGGCGGCGAUAGCCGAAUUUCCAGCCUGUGUGGCCUACCGGCCCGAGGAGAUCAGCAACCCCGAAAUCCCCACAGCGGUAGUCUUCACAAAGCUCAUGAUAAGCUCGGAGGCGCUGCAGAACGACUUCUUCCUGGGCCGGCUGAUGCUCAAGAGAGGCUACGACUCGUCCAAUCAUCUGCUGCUCACGAGUUUUCGAAUGGUGUCUAAUACGCUGGCGCUCUGGACCAACUUUGAGAGGUUCGCGGUCAUGAAGACAAACUUCCAGUGGAUGCUCAUGGCGUACGGCGCGCCGGCCGGAGGCAUACUCUGCAAAGAGCUGCAGAAGCCGACUCUGCCAAACGGCCGCCAUUCGGAGGAUCCGCAGAUCACGCGCUCGUCCAUCAUACAGAAGCUAUCUCUGCUGGUUGGGUUCCUCGACUGGGUGGAUCCCGCCGCACCGAACGCGGCGCUGUGCAACGACUGCAAAACGGUCAUUCAGAUGGUGCUGGAUCAGACCCUGAACGGCGCCGGCAGUGUGGAUGCAUCGUCCAUGGCGAACCAGAUUGAGUUUGAGUUCCCAAACGGGCUCGACUUCAACUUUGAGCUCAUGGACUCGUUUGACUGGCUUGGUACAGAGUUAUGA